AUGUCCAAGAAGAUCAUCACCGUGUUCGGCGCCACGGGCGCUCAGGGCGGCAGCGUCGUCAACAUCUUCCUUAACGAUGCCAAGCUCAGCAAGGAUUGGCAGGUCCGCGGCGUCACCCGCGAUGCCGCCAAGGACUCGUCCAAGGCUCUCGCGGCCAAGGGCGUCGAGGUUGUCGCUGCCGACCUCGGUGACAAGGCUUCGCUGGCUGCCGCUGUCAAGGGCGCUUCGGCCGUCUUCGCCGUGACCAACUACUGGGACAAGAUGGACAAGGAGCUGGAGAUCCAGCAGGGCAAGAACAUUGCCGACGCGGCUCUGGAGGCUGGCGUCGAGCAUUUCAUCUUCAGCUCCCUCCUCGACGUCAACAAACUAUCCAAGGGCGCCCUCCCCGACGUGUACCACUUUGACAGCAAGGCCGCCGUCGAAGAGUACAUCCGUACGACCUCCCUCCCCGCAACCUUCUUCCUCCCGGGCUUCUACAUGGCCAACCUCCCCGGAGGCAUGUUCCGCCAGACGCCCCCCGACAACGCCUGGGGCCUCAGCCUCCCCGUGCCGGCCAGCGCGCCCAUCCCCUUGUUUGACGCAGCGACCGACACGGGCAAGUUUGUAAAGGGCAUCGUGCUGCACCGCGAAAAGGUGCUCGGCAAGCGGGUAUACGCGGCGACGAGCUACGUGACGGCGGGCGAGGCGGUCGAGGCGUUCAAGAAGGUGUACCCGGAGGCGGGCAAGACGGCGCGGUUCAACGAGCUCACGCACGAGCAGUUCAAGGGCGCGCUCAAGGGCCAGGGGAUGCCGGAUUUCGUGGCUGAGGAGAUGUUGCAGAACAUGAGGCUGCUCGACGAGUUUGGGUACUAUGGUGGGGAGAAGCUGGACGAGUCGCACGCGAUUGUUGAGGAUAAGUUGACGACGUGGGAGGAGCAUGUGAAGAAUGCCAAGGCCUUUUCUGGACUGUCGCUGCAAGAUGCCUCGGCAGAAGGACGUGACUGCGGCGCGGGUGCGAGGCCUGGGCCGCUCACGUCGGAACUAACCGACCCUCCAGCUUUCUCUUACCCGUGGCCCAUCCCCGACCCUAUCUUUCCCUCUCCUCUCUCCAACACGUCGCAAAACGUCGUUCGAAUCCUCUUUUUCACUGCAUCUCCCAUUGAGGUUGAUUUAUCCAAGGAAAACUUCUUCCUCGCGGGAAAAGUAAUUAUGGCUUCCCCUCCAAAGCCCUGGGAACGGGCCGGUGCUCCAACAACAGCUGCCUCAAUCACACCCAUGUCUGCCGCAUCUAUCGCGACCCCGACACCGGCCACAUCCCUCUCCGGUGGUACCCCGCCCGCCGUUCCCGAACGACCUGCCUCUCUCGCCUCCACGGUUGACCAAAACGCUGCCGCUUAUAGCAGAGCAGGCUUAGGUGCGGCCGCCAGUCCCUACGGCUCAUACGGCGGCGGUGCCUACUCUUCUCCCUAUAGUAGCCCAUACUCAAGGAUGGGUUCCUACGGCGGCUACGGCGGUGGUAUGUACGGUGGUGGCAUGUAUGGCGGUGGCUACGGCGGUGGUAUGUAUGGAGGAGGCAUGUACGGCGGCGGUAUGGGCAUGGGCGGUAUGGGAGGCAUGGGAGGGCCCAACGACCCGAACAGCCUUACCAACAGAUUCAACAACAGCACGCAGGCGACAUUCCAAAUGUUGGAAGGCGUCGUUGGUGCCUUUGGAGGCUUUGCCCAGAUGUUGGAGAGCACAUACAUGGCCACACACUCAAGCUUCUUUGCAAUGGUGUCAGUAGCAGAGCAAUUCAGCAACCUUAGGGAUACCUUGGGCUCGAUACUCGGUAUCUUCACCUUGAUGCGUUGGAUCCGAACCCUCAUCGCCAAGAUCACCGGCCGCCCGCCUCCAGCCGACGCGACCGCGCUCACGCCAGCAGCCUUUGCCAAAUUCGAAGGCCGAUCGCCCAUCGGCCCCGACGGUGCUCCCCUGGGACCCCCCAAGGCUUCCCGCAAGCCGCUCUUCUUCUUCCUCCUUGCCGCCUUCGGUCUCCCGUACCUGAUGCGCAAGAUGAUCAACACCAUGGCUGCAUCUGCGGAAGAAGAGGAACGUCGCCGUAUGGCUCUGGCCGGCGCGCAACAGCCCUUGGACCCGUCCAAGCUUGAUUACUGCCGUCUCCUGUACGACUACGCUCCUCAGCCUGGCAACGCCGUCAAGGACGUUGACAUGGAAGUGCGCAAGGGCGACCUUGUCGCUGUUCUCUCCAAGAGCGAUCCUAUCGGUAACCCUAGCGAGUGGUGGAGGUGCCGCGCGCGUGAUGGCCGUACCGGCUACCUCCCCUCGACCUACCUCGAGGUGAUUAGGCGACCUGGUCAGCCUCUCGCUGCCAUCAAGGGUGCGCCCAGCGACAGCAGUCGAACCAACUCGCUCACUGGCGCCGCUCCCGAAAAGGGACCGGAGAUCAAGACGAAGAUCGGAGACGUUUCGCCCGAGAGCUUUCAGAAGAGCGUGUUCUACAACUAA